GGCCGGCCCGGCGCUCAUGCGGGCCGAGCCCCGCCCCCCGCCCGCCGCCUGAGCCCGCGCCCGCCCGCACCAUGCUCAAGUGCAUCCCGCUGUGGCGCUGCAACCGGCACGUGGAGUCGGUGGACAAGCGGCACUGCUCGCUGCAGGCCGUGCCCGAGGAGAUCUACCGCUACAGCCGCAGCCUGGAGGAGCUGCUCCUCGACGCCAACCAGCUGCGUGAGCUGCCCAAGCCCUUUUUUCGGCUGCUGAACCUGCGCAAGCUGGGCCUGAGUGACAACGAGAUCCAGCGGUUGCCCCCUGAGGUGGCCAACUUCAUGCAACUGGUGGAGCUGGACGUGUCUCGGAAUGACAUCCCUGAGAUCCCCGAGAGCAUCAAGUUCUGCAAAGCCCUGGAGAUUGCAGACUUCAGUGGGAAUCCUUUGUCCAGGCUCCCCGAAGGUUUCACUCAGCUGCGCAGCCUGGCUCAUCUGGCCCUGAAUGAUGUGUCCUUGCAGGCGCUACCUGGGGACGUGGGCAAUCUUGCCAACCUGGUGACCUUGGAGCUCCGGGAGAAUCUGCUCAAGUCCUUGCCUGCGUCCUUGUCUUUCCUGGUCAAGCUGGAACAGCUGGAUCUGGGAGGCAACGAUCUGGAAGUGCUGCCUGACACCCUGGGGGCCCUGCCCAACCUGCGUGAGCUGUGGCUGGACCGGAACCAGCUGUCAGCCCUGCCCCCGGAACUCGGGAAUCUGCGGCGCCUGGUGUGCCUGGAUGUGUCAGAGAACCGGCUGGAGGAGCUGCCUGCGGAACUCGGGGGGCUGGUGCUGCUCACCGACCUGCUGCUCUCCCAGAACUUGCUGCAGCGGCUUCCUGACGGCAUUGGUCAGCUGAAGCAGCUGUCCAUCUUGAAGGUAGACCAGAAUCGCCUCUGCGAGGUGACGGAGGCCAUUGGGGACUGUGAGAACUUGUCAGAGCUGAUCCUCACGGAGAACCUGCUGACGGCCCUGCCCCGCUCCUUGGGGAAGCUGAGCAAGCUGACCAACCUCAACGUGGACCGGAACCGCCUGGAGGCACUGCCUCCUGAGAUUGGGGGCUGCGUGGCACUCAGCGUCCUCUCUUUGAGGGACAACCGCCUGGCUGUCCUGCCGCCGGAGCUCGCCCACACGGCCGAGCUGCAUGUGCUGGAUGUGGCUGGGAACCGUCUGCAGAGUCUGCCGUUCGCACUCACGCACCUCAACCUGAAGGCCCUGUGGCUGGCGGAGAACCAGGCGCAGCCCAUGCUUCGGUUCCAGACUGAGGACGAUGCCCAGACCGGCGAGAAGGUGCUCACCUGCUACCUGCUGCCCCAGCAGCCCCUGCCCAGCCUCGAGGACCCGGGGCCGCGGAGCAGCCCUUCGGAGAGCUGGGGUGACGCCCCGCUCAGCCGCGUCAGCGUCAUCCAGUUCCUGGAGGCCCCCACGGGCGACGAGGACGCAGAGGAAGCCGCUGCCGAGAAACGGGGCCUGCAGCGUCGGGCUACGCCUCACCCCAGCGAGCUCAAGGUGAUGAAGAGGGGUGUGGAGCGUCGAAGCGAAGCCGCCUCCUGCAGGCCCGACUCCGCACAGCGCUCACCCUCACCCCCGCCCUCGGAGGAGGAGAAGAGACUGAGCACCGAGUCUGGCCUGAGUGCGGACUCGCACCUGUCUGCCAGCACAGCCUCCCAGGGUGAGCCCGAGGGCCCGCUGGCCGAGGUGGAGGGGCCGAGCCAGCAGGAAUCCACGCCAACCACCCAGGAGGAGGUCGUAGAGGAGAUCUAUGAGGAGCCCACAGUGCGCUUCGCGGAGGACACGCUGCUCCUGCCCAGGGAGGAUGGCGAGAGCGAGGAGGGGCAGCUGGAGGCCCCCUGGCCCCUGCCGGGUGAGAGACAGAGGCUUAUCCGCAAGGACACGCCCCACUACAAGAAGCACUUCAAGAUCUCCAAGCUGCCCCAGCCCGAGGCCGUGGUGGCCCUGCUGCAGGGGACACAGCCAGAUAGUGAGGGCCCAGUAGGGUCUGGGGGCUGGCACAAUGGCCCCCACGUGCCCUGGGCUCCUCGAGCCGAGGAGGAGGAGGAAGAGGAAGACGAGGAGGAGGAGGAAGCAGCGGCAGGAGCCGAGGAGGCGGACGAGGAGGAGGAGGAGAGGGAGGAGGCCGUGGCCUCUGCGCCCUCUGUCAAGGGGGUGUCGUUUGACCAGGCCAAUAACCUGCUGAUAGAGCCCGCUCGCGUUGAGGAAGAAGAGCUGAUGCUCACCAUUGUGCGGCAGACGGGGGGCCUGGGCAUCAGCAUCGCGGGCGGCAAGGGCUCCACCCCCUACAAGGGCGACGACGAGGGCAUAUUCAUCUCCCGGGUAUCUGAGGAGGGCCCUGCGGCUCAGGCUGGGGUCCGAGUAGGCGACAAGCUCCUCGAGGUGAACGGCGUGGCCUUGCAGGACGCCGAGCACCAGCAGGCCGUGGAGGCGCUGCGUGGGGCGGGCACCACGGUGCACAUGCGGCUGUGGCGGGAGCGUAUGGUGGAGCCCGAGAACGCGGUCACCGUCACGCCUCUGCGGCCUGAGGACGACUACAGCCCCCGGGAGCGGUGGGGAGGCGGCCUGCGCCUGCCCCUGCUCCAGCCCGAGCCCCCCGGGCCCCUCCGCCAGCGCCACGUGGCCUGCCUCGUGCGCAGCGAGAAGGGCUUGGGCUUCAGCAUCGCUGGGGGGAAAGGCUCCACACCCUACCGGGCUGGAGACCCGGGUAUCUUCAUCUCCCGCAUUGCUGAGGGGGGCGCCGCCCACCGGGCGGGCACCCUGCAGGUCGGCGAUCGCGUCCUCUCCAUCAACGGGGUGGACAUGACGGAGGCCAGGCACGACCACGCUGUCUCCCUGCUGACCGCUGCCUCUCCCACCAUCGCCCUGCUGCUGGAACGGGAGGCCGGGGGGCCACUUGCCCCCGGUCCUCCACCACACUCCCCCCCACCCCCUGCUGCUACCACCACCACCGUGGCCACUGCCACCCCUGGGGAGCCUGGGCCGCUAAGGCUGGCCCCCAGUUUGCUGGCCGCUGCCCUGGAGGGGCCGUACCCAGUGGAGGAGAUCUGUCUGCCGAGAGCUGGGGGCCCCUUGGGGCUCAGCAUUGUCGGGGGCUCCGACCACUCCAGCCACCCAUUUGGUGUCCAGGAGCCCGGCGUGUUCAUCUCUAAGGUGCUCCCCCGGGGCCUGGCUGCACGCAGCGGCCUGCGGGUUGGGGACCGCAUCCUGGGAGUGAAUGGGCAGGAUGUGCGGGACGCCACCCACCAGGAAGCGGUCAGCGCCCUGCUCCGGCCCUGCCUGGAGCUGGUCCUGCUCGUGCGGAGGGACCCGCCGCCCCCGGGCAUGCGGGAGCUCUGUAUCCAGAAGGCCCCUGGAGAGAAGCUGGGCAUCAGCAUCCGUGGGGGCGCCAAGGGCCACGCAGGGAACCCCUGUGACCCCACGGACGAGGGCAUCUUCAUCUCCAAGGUGAGCCCCACGGGAGCAGCCGGGCGAGAUGGCCGCCUGCGGGUGGGGCUGCGGCUGCUGGAGGUGAACCAGCAGAGCUUGCUGGGCCUGACGCACGGCGAAGCCGUGCAGCUGCUACGCAGCGUGGGCGACACCCUGACUGUGCUUGUCUGUGAUGGCUUCGACACCAGCGCCCCCGAGGUGUCCCCAGGCGUCAUCGCCAACCCCUUUGCAGCGGGCAUUGGCCGCCGGAACAGCCUGGAAAGCAUCUCCUCCAUCGACCGGGAGCUGAGCCCCGAGGGCCCCGGCAAGGAGAAGGAGCUGCCUGGACAGACCCCACAGAGGGGGCCGGAGGCCAUGGGUCGGAGCCUGGAGAGCCUGAAGCUGGACUGCCGUGCCCUGGCCGCCACACCCAGCGCCGGCAAUGUGCAGAGGCUGCUGCUGGGAGACCCCGCAGGACCGACCGUGAGUGGUCGGGAGGAGGCUCCAGGAGUUGCAGUGGGGAGGCUGCGCUGGGUGCCGUCUGGGGCAAGCGGCGGGAAGAUGACUGAGGCCCCCUGUUCCCCUGGCCACCAGCAGACAAAGCCUGGGGUGAUCCAGCCAGUGGCUCAGGCCUGGCCAAGGGGCUCCCCAGCCCUCAGGGGCAGAGGUGAUCCCCAAUCCGUGAGUGCCCUGACCCCUGGGGGCGGGGGGGGGGCAGGAGGGGAGGCAGUCAGCAAGGACAGCUGGUGGUGGGACGGGUGGUGGCUGCAGCCGGGACAGCUGCCACCACACAGCUCACUGUGCCCCGUCCGCCAGCCCCCCUCCCCGCCCUCCCCGCCCUCCCCUGACGAGCUGCCCGCCAACGUGAAGCAGGCGUAUAGGACCUUCGCUGCCGUGCCUGGCCUGCACCCGCCCCUGGAGGCCCCUGCCCAGCCCCCCACGCCUGGGCCCACGGCCUCCCCGGAGCAGCUGUCCUUCCGCGAGCGGCAGAAGUACUUCGAGCUGGAGGUGCGGGUGCCCCACACGGGGGGUCCCCCUAAGCGCGUGUCGCUGGUGGGUGCCGACGACCUGCGGAAGAUGCAGGAGGAGGAAGCCCGAAAGCUGCAACAGAAGAGGACGCAGAUGCUGCGCGAGGCGGCGGGGGACGCGGCGGACACGGGGCGCAUGGAAGGCGAGGCCCCCGAGGACGAGGAGCCCGAGGAGGAGCUGCCCUGGGCCGGCCGGGGCCCCGCCGCAGGGCUUGGCCCCGCGUCCCCCCCGCCGCAGGGAGGCAGCGCUCCGGUGCGGACGGCCAAGGCCGAGCGGCGCCACCAGGAGCGGCUGCGCGUGCAGAGCCCGGAGCUGCCAGCGCCUGAGCGGACCCUGUCCCCGGCGGAGCGCCGCGCCCUGGAGGCCGAGAAGCGCGCGCUGUGGAGGGCGGCCAGGAUGAAGUCUCUGGAACAGGACGCCCUCCGCGCACAGAUGGUCCUCAGCAAGUCUCAGGAGGGCCGAAGCAAGCGGGGGCCUCUGGAGCGCCUGGCCGAGGCCCCCUCGCCCGCGCCCACCCCGUCACCCACCCCCUUGGAAGACCUCGGCCUCCAGACCGGCACCUCCCCGGGACGCUUGGCCUUGUCUGGGAGGAAGUUUGACUACAGGGUGUUUGCAGCCCUCCCCUCUUCCAGACCUGUCUUUGACAUGCAGUCUCCAGAUUUUGCUGAGGAGCUGAGGUCCUUGGAACCGUCUCCGAGCCCUGGUGAGUCGGCAGGCGCGGCCCCGGGUGCUCCCAGGGUGCCCAGGGCCCAUCAGCUCACUCCCUGCCCCCGUCGGCCAGGUCUGCCAGAGGAGGAUGGAGAGGUGGCCAUGGUGCUUCUGGGCAGGCCUUCUCCAGGCGCCGUGGGCCCCGAGGAGGUGGCCCUGUGCAGCAGCCGCCGCGCCGUCCGGCCGGGGCGCCGGGGCCUGGGCCCGGUGCCCUCCUAGAGGGUCAGGGUACCUCCCCCGACUUGGGGUGGGGGCCCUGCCAGCUCCAACACCGCCCUUGCCUCGAGUCUUUUAACCUGGCCAUUAGCAUUUUAAAGAGGUCCCCUCAGGAGUUCUGGCCGCUAACUGCCCCCUCCCCAGCCGGGACCUCCUGGCGAGACUGUAACUAGUGAUGUUUGUACAACCAAAGACUCUAUUUUGUGGUUUAAGGAGAAUAAAAUUGACUACGUUUUA